AACAAGCACCCACCCAAACAAACCCACAUCUCUCAUUCUUCUCAUCUACCUCCUAAAACAGAGGAACAAGAAUGGAGAAUGAAGAACUGUCGGUUCUGCAAGAACAAGAAGAAGAAGCAGCCGCCGCCGGAGCCGGGGAAAGCAGUGUAACGCACGGAGGGAGGUACGUGGAGUACAACCUUCUGGGAAACAUCUUCCAUGUAUCCUCCAAAUACGUCCCUCCCGUUCAUCCCGUCGGCCGCGGUUCGUAUGGCGUCGUCUGCUGUGCCAGAAAUGCAGAGACGAAUGAGGCGGUGGCGAUUAAGAAGAUCGGAAACGCUUUCGACAACAGUGUUGACGCCAAGAGAACCCUCCGUGAGAUCAAGCUUCUCCGCCAUAUGGAUCACGAAAACAUCAUCAAAAUUAAAGACAUAAUCCCGCCGCCGGAGAAGGACAAGUUCGACGACGUUUACAUCGUCUACGAGCUGAUGGAUACCGACCUUCACCACAUCAUCCGCUCGUCCCAGCUUCUCACCGACGACCAUGCCCAGUACUUUCUGUACCAAUUGCUUAGGGGUUUGAAGUACAUCCACUCAGCAAACGUGCUCCAUCGCGACUUGAAGCCAGGGAACCUGUUGCUGGAUGCGAAUUGCGAUCUGAAGAUAUGUGAUUUCGGGCUGGCGAGGACCACGUCUGAGUCCGAUUUCAUGACGGAGUACGUCGUCACGCGGUGGUACAGGGCGCCGGAGCUCUUGCUCAAUUGCUCCGGCUACACCGCCGCGAUCGACAUUUGGUCCGUCGGUUGCAUUUUCUUGGAGAUUGUUCAAAGAGAGCCGCUUUUUCCUGGCAAGGACUACGUUCAGCAGUUGGGUCUUAUUACCCAGCUACUGGGUUCACCGGAAGAUUCUGAUUUGGGAUUCUUGAGAAGCGACAACGCAAAAAAGUAUGUGAAGCAGUUGCCGCAUUUCCCUAAGCAACCCUUUGUGGAGAAGUUCCCAGAUGUUUCGCCAUUAGCGCUGGAUCUCGCGGAGAAAAUGCUCGUCUUUGAUCCCAGCAAGCGCAUAACUGUGGAGGAAGCGUUGAAUCAUCCAUAUCUGUCGAGUCUCCAUGAGAUCAACGAGGAACCAACCUGUUCAAGUCCGUUCGUCUUCGAUUUCGAGCAGGCUUGUUUGAGUGCGGACGACAUAAAGGAGCUUAUUUAUUUGGAGUCUCUGAAUUUCAUGUCUACCGAAGAAGACGCUAUGGACUUGAGUAAUUGACGCCCUGAAUUUCAUUGUUUCCCGAUUGUUCAUUUCCGGUUUGUGCUCAUUAUUGGUGAUGACAGCAUUGACAGGACUUAAUUUUUGCUGGUUAUUGUUUCGAAAAAGGAAAACAGAGAGAAUGGAUAUCUCUGAAGAGGAGAUGGGAUCUUCUCUUUGAGCAGCUUUCCCACUAAGCUAGGGAAAAUUUUGAUCCUUUUUUGUUUGGUUAUAAAUUUGCUGAUGGCGGGAAUUGAAUCUGCUGGAAGAUUAACCCCUUGUUCUGGAAGGAGAGAAAAGGGAGGGGAGGGAUUUAGAGCCCUUCUAGUGUGCUCUAUAGCACCCAUGCUAUAAAAAAGGUG